UUUGGGGCUGCUGCUCAGCGGAGACAGCAAGCAAAAGGAUCCCAGGAUGCCCAGCUUUGACCGCUCCUGUGGCUGCAGCCGUGGGCCUAAUGUGGAAGAUGGCAAGUGGUAUGGGGUCCGCUCCUAUCUGCACCUCUUCUACGAGGACUGUGCAGGUACUGCGCUCAGUGAUGACCCCGAGGGGCCUCCUCUGCUGUGUCCCCGCCGACCCUGGCCCUCACUGUGCUGGAAGAUCAGUCUGUCCUCGGGGACCCUGCUUCUGCUGCUGGGCGUGGCGGCCCUGACCACCGGAUAUGCUGUGCCUCCCAAGCUGGAGGGCAUCGGAGAGGGCGAGUUCCUGGUGUUGGAUCAGCGGGCAGCCGACUACAACCAGGCUCUGGGCACCUGCCGGCUGGCGGGCGUGGCACUCUGCGUGGCGGCCGGGGUCCUGUUGGCCAUCUGCCUUCUCUGGGCUGUGACCGGCUGGCUGAACCACGCCAAGGCAGAACCCUCAGACAUGGAAGUGGAAGGUCACGUGGAGGUCUUCCGGGAUGAGCCAGAGCAGCAACUGUCCCCCAUCUUCCGCGACGCCAGUGGCCAGUCUUGGUUCUCACCGCCCGCCAGCCCCUUUGGGCAGUCCUCUGUGCAGACCAUCCAGCCCAAACGGGACUCCUGAGCCACCCACGGGGCCAUGGGAGGAGCCAGACCUGCAGACUGGGCCCUUCGCCUUCCCACACACCCACCCUCCUACGGUGGCCCUAAGUUCUUCCCUCCCACCCAGGCCCCCAGGAGGCCCAGCUUCUGGCCACAAGUCCAGGGCCCACAGCCCCAUGCCUCUGCUCCAGGACUGUGACUCACCCAAGAGGCUGGCCUUCCUCAAACCCUUCCCACUCUUCCCGCUCACCCCUCCUUCCUAGGGCCCUACCGAGGCAGAAGACUUCUCCCGCAACCUAACCCACUUUCUCUGUGUGACUUGGGCAAGCCCCAUGCCCACUCAGAUCACUGGUUCCCACCUCUGUGCUGUUGGUGGUUUGUGCCAAACCCCAGAGUUACAUGUCUCCCCUUCUCUCCCCACGUGUAAGCACCGCCCUUCCCAGGCACGGCUGAGGGGUGGGGAGGCGGCAGGUCAUUCUCAUCCACCAACCCCGCCCUCUGCAGCAGCACCGGGAUACCAGGAACAGAACAAAGACGCUCACUUGGCCUUCCGCUCCAGGGUGGACGAAAGCACGUGCCCACACACCCUGUUUCCUACAUGUAUUUUGGCAUCAGAGGCGCUCAGUGUACCCCGCCAUGGGCUUUUGCUAACUCCAGUUUACAGACUGAGGCAUGAGGGAGACUGGCAGUGUGCAGGAAAUUGGCCACUUCAGACGCCUCUGCGCCAACUCCUCUUCUACAGCUUGAGCCCAGAGACCAGCUGGAGACCUGAUGACCCAGGUGGUGUGGAAGAUUACUUGGACAGGCAGUGGUCCCUUUUCUUUUUUUUUUGAAAGAUGUAUUUUAUUUAUGCAUAUAAGA